AUAGUCGAACCAUUCUAUGAGCUAUGCAGCCAAGAGUGGAAUUCUAUAACAUUGUUACAAAUCCUGUAUGCGCUUCGUCGGUAUGAAAUCCAGUUGAGGGAUCAAAUGAAUUUGAGUGGAUGAACAGCUGUGUGCCAUUUUUGGAUUAGUAUCAUCCGAUGUUCCCAGGUGAUAGGAGAGUUUACCAGCUUUCAAACGUCCGCUUGGAGUCGAACAACACGUCGCAAAAACCAAUAGUUAAAACAGCUUAUUUUUAUCAUGAUGCAGUUGGUGAUUCGGAUGAAAAUGGUAUUCGCGUAGCAUUACACCCAAAUCGAUACAGAAGUUUAGAAGCCCUCCUGGUCGACGCGCCGGCUAGGCCGUCUCCUCUGGAGCAUGAUGCACGUCCAAUCUAUUCUCAAACGGAGCACAAUAAGUUCAAAUCCAUGGCUGAUGUGCGGUAUGCUGGGCAUUAUAUAUGCUCGGAAAGAAAAGCCAGAGGCAAAACUGUAUCACCGGAUCGUAAGGUGCCCGUCUGGCGCACGGGAAUGACGGAUUACCGGAGACCAUUAGUGCAACCAACUCACACACAAAGGAGUCGCUUAAAUCAGCAAAAACGUUCUCCCGCGUAUGAGCCGCCAAGGGAGUCUCAAUCUACUGGGACCACCUCAGGUUCUUACAGUCAAGGAGGUCGCUCUUUUUUAACCCCUCUAGUGAGACAAGUUGCAACGGGACGACCAGAUCUCACUGACGUUGGGUCCGAUGAUGUCAAUAAGCGAAUCUACGUCCAUCUUAACGAGCGUGAGCGACGGAAGAAGGCUGUUGUGAUUCGGCGUAGAAAGAUCCAAUCAAUGGCACAGUUUUUGCAAGAAUUAACCGAAUUAUUUGGCACUCCAGUGACCAGGAUUUACACGAUUGACAGACGACCAAUUGCAACCAUAGAUGAUCUACUGCGUGGACCAUCGGAGGUGAUUGCCACCGGGCUUGAAAACCAGCCCUCAAGCUUAGCUCGUCCUCUGGCGACGCCUGGAAAAUUCGACAGAAGUCGCUCUCAAACCAAGUUCUCUAAGUUGGGUCAAUCACCUGAUCGAAUCCCGCAAGUGUUACCGCCUAUUUCCCGCAAUUGGAGCCUUUCACGGAUGGCCUCAACAAAUGGAAUCUGGAGCGUUUUGGUCACUUCAGGCACCACGCAUCCCGAGACUGGAGAUCGUUAUCUGAUGGCUUGCACUUCCAACGUGCUACUUACCGUAUGUACCCGGCACGAAAGCUCCACCCCAAUAUUGCUUCGCUCAGUUUGGGUUGACACGUUGCCCGACGAAUCGAAUGCGCACUGCGUGGAGCAAGGCAACGCACCGAAUGGAGCAGUGCCCAACUCCCGACUCACCCGAUGUCCGUUCCAACCGGGACGCACUGAUAUAUUUGAGAUCCAGCUAAAGAAUGUGAGGGAAGUACACAAAAUUCGCUUGAGCCACGAUGGGACAGGACAUUAUCCUGAGUGGUUACCGGCGGAAAUUCGCAUGCAGCCGAUGGACACCGAAUCGCCAGGCGGUCUAUUCCGUGGAGGGCUGAGAAAAGCCAAAUCCGUCUCACGGUUGCAACCGUUUGAAACUGAGACAUUGCUCAAGCAAACAAAACCCGAAAUUAUCUUUCAAUGCAUGCAAUGGCUGUCAACUUCCAAAGGAGACAGAUCACUGACUCUAGAAAUCGCUGCACCUGGAUCCCACCUAAUGGAUUCGCGUUUCGGAACAAGUUUCGGAAGGGGUUCUCCAGCCAUUAACCCUCUCAGGCUUGCCUUCCAAGGCUACAGAUCCCCAGUGAUAUGUUACCGGUUAUGCAUGCUCACCGGUAACCUGUGGAACGCUGGGACCAAUGCAGAAGUCAGUGUGCAGCUGUGGGGAGAUCGUGGCGAUUCCGGAAUUCGGGCAUUACGCAACUCAAACGAAACAGGAGAGAUAAACUUUAUCAGAGGAAAGACCAACCUGUUUCACAUCAAUGCCGUAUACCUUGGUCGGCUACGUCGAUUGUCCAUUUGGCUUAGUGGUAUCAAAGGGUUUAAUCCCACUUGGUACCUGGAGAAGAUAACAGUUCGUGAAUAUCUCAUGUGCGGAAAUAAGCCAUGUGCCGCAGGUGGAAAAAAACUAUUGGACUGCGAACAACCGCUGGACGGGGUUCGAUUGAAGACGGUCUGUUUUCCAUGUCACCGGUGGAUCGGCUCAGAGCAAGCCACAGGGGUAAAGGAAACACAUUUAGUCGCGGAUCAGUGCAAUGGUGGUCUGGACGCCGACGAGGUGGGGGGAGGGAUUUGGUCGGAACAAGAAGAACUUUGGUGGCAAAUGGUGAAGUGGAAAUUUCAGCCGGGCACCAUGGUUGUAUUUUACAGUAGUAUAACUGAAGUGCCUCUACAAGUGAGCGUAAACGGACGAAUCAACGCAAGGCGACAGAACGAAGGAAGUUGUGGGAAUCCUGAUUUCGCUACAGUGUUCACAGUAUCGCUAGUGCCUCCCGACGGUAAAACGAACCGAGUCCUGAAGCCGGUUGGAACCCAUCGAUCGAUCGCCCCCAAUGACAUACAUCGCGACAUGGAGAGGUUUAACGAAAUUGGGGUGUAUUCCACAAUUCGACAUUUUUACACUCAACGGGACGCAUGGAUGAAGAUGGCACUGGACGAGUCCCUUGGUCUCUGUGUUGUAGACGAACGUCUAGAUUCUACUGUUGGUUCCAAAGAAGUUGGACAAUUCCGAAUUCGUGCUCGACCGGACCACUGGAUUGUGUUGGAGUCCUGGCCGUCUACAACAUCUACCAGUUCCAGAACACACGUCUACGUUGGUCCAGAGGGUCGAAUAGUUGGUGGAGCCCGUGGACCGCUAUCUGUGCCUGGGAAAUUGUUGAUGCCGCACGUCAAGGGCACUCUACGUGACCAAGGAUUGCUAUGGCUUUGCACUAGCUCACACCAGACGCUAGCUCCCAUUCUCCGGGACAGCACUGAACACAACCGCCAGACUGGUACAGAGUGGGUGUUUGAUCUCAAAGGCACAGGUGCACGCAAUCCGGAUGCGUACUGGCGCGUGAAACGAAUCGACCACGAAUUGAGAGGAUUCGAGGCUUUCUCCUGGCCUGGACACUACCUUCGUGUCACUGUGGAUGGUGUUGAUAUCAUGGGCAGCGGAGAUGAUGACUGUCACUUUCGCAUAACUCGUCAUCGGUCCAAAGGAUUUAUACAUCUGUCACCAAUCAAUAAGCCAGAAAAAUAUUUAGGCAUGGAAGAAAACGGUGCCGUAUGCUUAUUUGAUGAUUCGCAAGGGGACAAUAUUCGCUUCUACCCAGAAGUUAUUGAAUAUGGAAUCGCAGUGUCACGUCAUACUACACCAGAAUCAGUCUGCACAAACCAGGAAAGUUCCGUCAAAUUUCGCGGCACUGAGCAUGAACAGUCCUCCCCACAGCAGGACGACGACGCAUCUUCAGACCACCACCACUCUGACUACACUGAGCCUACAGUGGAACGGGAACUUGGGAGUGUUGCGCCCGGAGAUGAUCUUAACUUGGAAUCGCUCGAUCAUGCCGAACCAUCUGAUAACCAGUGGAAAGUAUCCAUCUCAUCCGCAUCGACAGCGAAAAAUUGCACAAUCUUGUUGGUCGUAUACGGAGUUAACUCUAACUCAGGUCCCAUCCUCAUCGGACGCUCCGAUGAGGAGACGGAGCUCUUUCAGAAGAACAGUACGGAUAGCUUUAUGGUCGUUCUGGAAGACAUCAAACCGAUAUACAAAAUUCGUGUGGAACUGACGCCGAUCGACAUGACCAUGGAUACGGAGUGGGAGUUGAUUGAGGUGACAUUGGAACAAGCUGGGACAGAGGAGAAGCUGGUCUUCGACUUCACAGGUAGACCGUUGGGGCGAAGUGCCGCUUUCUGUCAGCUGUGCCGAGAACAAGUAGUGGAUGAAAGCGCUGUGAAGUUCGGUGUUGAUUUGGCACAUCUGCUGCAUCACGAGCUAGGCCUCGUGAUAUAUCAGGUGGAGAUGCAACUGAUGGCCAACUCGGAGUGGACAGAGCGAACCCUCGAAUUCGAACCGCAUUUCAGUUUAAUCGGAAAACAUGGGGAUUGUGGACGUCGACUUGCGCCUCUGUCCAGCCCUCCGACAACAUUGAAAACUACAGAUAAAGAAAAUCGUUGGGUUUUCGAAACGGAACUUGAGGCAGCGUAUCUGGGAGAACUGACGCGAUGUCUUCUAGGCCCAGUCGAUGUGAGAUCACUGACACCAGAGGAGCGGGACGGCCCUAUGUGUGUUGGAGUUACGGUGUGGGAUCCGAUCGCAGGUCGACCAUUCUACUUUCAGGCACACACGUGGCUCAGGAGUGAACGUACAGGACAAAUUCACGAACUUCACCUCAACGUCAACUCAAAUUGCCCGCCUUUAGCUGCUGUCGAGGAAACCCUGGAUCCGCGAGACGCAGCGACGUCUGAAGAGGAGGAGGAAGUGGAAUCGAAAGAAAAGCGGACAGAUGAAGAGAUUCGUAAUGCUAUCCACCAGGAUGAAGGUGGGAAACGAGCUCGUGAGAAGCGGUGACAGCCAUACAAGCGAAGAUGCCAAAAUAUUUUUGUACUCAGAUGUCGCUACGGAUGCCGUCAGAGAAAGCAAACAGCCAAAGCACUUCGAAGUAUGUUGUCGCACGGCGAUUCCACAAACCGCCACUUAAUCCCCGCGCUACGAAUCAGUAUUACAUACACUAUGUACUUGAUAGAACUAUUGAUGCCAGAGAUAUUUUUCAUCUGCACUCCAUUUCCAGUUAAAUUAUUGUACCAAAAGUAUUCUAUUGAUCACAGAUGAGGAAAACAUUUAUGUUUACU